UUUAUUUUUGCAUUGAUAGACCCAAGGAAUUAAAAUACGGCUGAGCAGUUUUGAGCUGAAUAGCUGGGUGUAUCAGUACAGAGGCGGGUGUAAGAGUUUAUGUUUAGACUUGAGCACAACUGAUCCAUCCCCCUCCUUCAUAGCCUCAGUCUCUCAGCUGAACUGCAAUUGUGAGUGGCUGCAGCCUGCUUAAGGAAACACAAAUUCUCUCCCACCUUUUCAGAAAACGAUGGAAAACGAAGUGUUUGCAUCGUUUACUUUCUACAGCACGCUCUUGAUUAUAAAAAUGUAUGUUCUUGCCAUCAUCACAGGACAAGUGAGGCUCAGAAAGAAGGCUUUUGCCAAUCCAGAGGACGCCCUGAGGAAUGGAGGGCUGCAGUACUACCGAGAGGACCCGGAUGUGGAGCGAUGCCGCAGGGCCCAUCGUAAUGACAUGGAGAACAUUUUCCCCUUCCUCUUCCUUGGGGCCAUCUACUCGCUGCUGGAGCCCAAUCCCCUCCUGGCACGAGCCCACUUCCUGAUCUUCUGCUUGGGGCGGAUAGUUCACACCGUGGCCUACCUGCUGCAGCUGAAAGCUCCCACGCGCUCGGUGGCAUACAGCGUGGCCCAGCUGCCCUGCUUCUCCAUGGCACUGCAGAUCCUCUUCGCGGUCAUACCAAACUGGUAACACGCAAGACUCACCCGCCAGGGCUGCCGAGGGGCUUAGAAAGAUGUGACUGUGCUGCUUUCCCAGGAGAUGGACUUACUCUGCUGUGGCUUUUGUGCAGGAGUCUCCCAGCUGGACAGAGCCCGUGGCUCACUUGAAACCCCCCUGCGUGUGUGCAGCACCCCAUUCCCAGGGGCAGGCUGCAGAGGCAGAAGGGAAUGCUUUACGCAGACGGAUGCUCUUGUAUUAAGCACUCAGCAAUUAGCAUCCCAGCAACGGCAUUGUGGCAUCUUCCAGGCUCCUCGCUGGCGACCUGGGCAUUGGGUUCUUGGGGGUGGGAGUGGUGAAGAUGGGGUGGAUGCCCAGUUAAGAACACAAAUUAAACCAGGCAGUGGUAAGGCAUCUGUAAGCAGUCUGGCUCUGUCACUAUGGGGAGGGAGAAGGGGAGACACUUCAUAGAAUCAUAGAGCUGGAAGAGACCUCAGGAGGUCAUCAAGUCCAGCCCCCUGCCCAAGGCAGGACCAAUCGCAACUAAAUCAA